AUGACAAACACAACAAGUUCAUUAGCAAGACAACAAAUAAUGAAAUGGAAUUCACCAAUCCCAUAUUUAUUUGGUGGGUUGGCUCUAAUACUAGCUGUUAUUGCCAUAGCACUAGUCAUACUAGCUUGCUCCUAUCUUUGUAAAAGGAAGCCUCUACCGGCCGGAAAACAAACGACCAUGGAUGACGUGGUGGUUGUCGACGAUGAUGUGCCAAAGUUCGUCGUGAUCAUGGCCGGAGACGAUAAGCCCACUUAUUUAGCCAUGCCUACUAUCAACAUCGUCUUGCCCACCGCUCACCACGGUUCCGUAACUCCUCCUCCUCCGGCGGCUGUUGCUGACGAGCAGGUCUAG